AUGCAUCUAGCAGAUUUCAUAGCAGGUUCUGUUGGAGGCGCAUUUGGGGUAGCAGUGGGUUAUCCUUUGGACACGGUCAAGGUGAGAAUACAGACGCAGACAAAGUUCUCUGGUGUUUUGCAAUGCGUCCGCGCUACCUGCAGAACCGAGGGAGUAAGUGGGUUCUACAAGGGCAUGGCCAUGCCACUGACCACCGUGUCCAUCGGUUCAUCUGUUCUGUUUGGCACCUACCGGAACAUUCUUCACUCCCUGCGUCAGCUGCGGCACAAGGCCCCGGACAGCCCGUCAGCUAAACUGGAUAUUUUCCUCGCUGGUCUGGCUGGAGGAGUAGCUCAGGUGCUUGUGAUGUCGCCGGCAGACAUUGUGAAAGUGCGUCUCCAGUGUCAGAUGGAGUCUUAUCAGGGGUCAGAUCCACGCGCCACGUUCAAAUACCGUGGGGCUGUGCACUGCCUGUUCACCAUCGCUCGUGAGGAGGGCAUUCUGGGUCUUUACAAGGGAGCCGGCGCGCUCGCGCUACGAGACGGCCCUUCCUUCGCCACCUACUUUCUCGUUUACAACACCGUCUGUGAUUGGCUGUCUCCAGGCAAACAGGGACAAGCAGAGUGGAAGGUGGUGCUUUUCGCCGGCGGGCUGUCGGGGAUGUGCGGCUGGUGUGUGGGGACCCCGAUGGACGUGAUCAAAGCGCGUCUGCAGCUGGACGGGGUGGGGCGGAGGAGGUACAGGGGGUUCGUCCACUGCGUCGCCGAGAGCGUGCGGACGGAGGGGCCCGCCGUGCUCUUCAAAGGGCUGGGACUCAACUGCGUACGCGCCUUCCCGGUCAACAUGUCCGUGUUCGCCACGUACGAACUGGUCAUCCGCUGCCUGCAGACGGCGUCCUAGAUCGUUACGCGGG